UGGAUGCGGCGCCUCUUCCCCUACAACAGCCUCGAGGACAUGGAGGCCGCGUUCCACAUGGGCAACUACGUCAUCGACCGCAAGACGGGCGAAAAGAGCUUUGAGCCCAUGUCCAUGUACGUGCGCCUGGGCAUGCAUCUGCUCUACUACGGAAGCGAGCAGGAGAAGGCCCUGGAGUGGAACAGGACCAAGCAGCUGCUCAAGGAGCAGAGCGAGAAGAUGGGCCGCGAGUACGACGCGCCCAACAGCGUCGACCACAUCAAACCCUUUAUCGAGAGCUUUGGUCUCCAGGCCACGCUGAGCCAGCUCAAGGAGCCCGACCCGUCAAAGUAUAAGACGUUCAAUGAGUUCUUUGGGCGUGAGCUCAGGCCGGAUGCGAGGCCGAUUGCCGAGCCUGACAAUGACAAGGUCGUGAGCAGUCUUGCAGACUGCAGGCUCACAACAUUUCCUACGAUCGAUCUGGCUGCGAAGUAUUGGAUCAAGGGAUUCCACUUCACGCUCGAGAGGCUGCUGGGCGAUGCGGACCUGGCCAAGUUGUUCGACGGGGGCUCCAUUGCAAUCUCGCGUCUGGCGCCACAGGAUUACCACAGAUGGCACUCACCCAUCGACGGCACCGUGGAGUCUAUCAAGGAGAUCCCGGGGUCGUACUACACGGUCAACCCGCAGGCCAUCAACGAGCCUGGCACCGUGAAUGUGUUCUGCGAGAACAAGAGGUCGGUCAUGGUGAUGAAGCGGGCUGCUACAGGGAGCCCUGUGGCCAUCAUCGCCGUGGGCGCCAUGCUGGUUGGGUCUAUCAAAUACAACGACGGGGUCGAGGUCGGGGCCAGCGUCAGGCGAGGUCAGACCCUGGGGGCAUUCUAUUACGGAGGUAGUACUGUCAUCGCUGUGUUCCCGAAGGGAGAAGUAACCUUCGACGAGGAUCUGGUGCGCAACUCGAUUGAACAGAAUUGUGAGACGCUGGUAUCUGUUGGAUGGAGGAUUGGUGCUAGCCUGUGAGCAGGAAUUUCCGUAAUAAUGAGACGAAGAUGCGGUUCAAAUUUAGGGGCAAAGGCACUGCCAUUAAUUGAUUCUCAAGGUAUUUAAUAGAGAAGGAGCAGGAGAGCAUUGAACCAAAUAAACAUCUAUUCGC